UCAGCCACUUGACUUAGCUUUUCUAGUUGCAUAUAAGAUCAUUUAAACUCUCCAAGCUCUUCAGCAUCAAAAGUUGACAACGUUCUCAUGGAUAAUUUAACGAACCCUGAUAUUCAAAUCUUGAGAGAGCCUGAAAGUUUCAGCUUCAGCUCUUCGAGUUCCCCCAAACACUUCAAAUCAAUGGCCAUGGAUGCUUCUCCAGCCUCUGAAAACUCCAAUGUCCAGGAAAACUCCAAUGUCCAGGAAAUUCUCGACUUGGAGGUGAACAACGACCACAAUGAGAGAGCUCAAUGGCUGCUUAAUUCUCCAACGCCACCAGGGCCUUGGAAUGAGCUUGUUCACUCAGUGAGAAAAAGUGUUUCAUCUCAAAGAAACAAGUUCAAGAAUGAGCCCGGAUCAAAACAUGUGGCUUCAUUUCUGAAAGGAAUAUUUACUAUUCUUUCCUGGUGCCGAAACUACAAGGCAACAAAAUUUAAGAACGAUUUAAUGGCAGGAUUAACUCUUGCAAGCCUCAGCAUCCCUCAGAGCAUUGGAUAUGCAACCUUGGCGAAGCUUGAUCCUCAAUAUGGCCUCUAUACAAGUGCUGUCCCACCUUUAAUUUAUGCUGUAAUGGGGACUUCAAGAGAAAUAGCAAUUGGACCUGUGGCGGUUGUGUCAAUGCUUUUGUGUUCAAUGAUUCAGAAACUAGAAGAUCCUCAGGCUAAUCCAAUUGAAUACAGAAAUUUAGUUCUGACUGCAACCUUUUUUGCGGGCACUUUUCAAGCUGCCUUUGGGCUGUUCAGGUUGGGUUUUCUUGUUGAUAUUUUGCCACAUGCUGCUAUUGUUGGGUUCGUGGCUGGUGCAGCCAUUGUCAUUGGUCUUCAACAACUUAAGGGACUACUUGGAAUUACUUAUUUUACAAACAAGACUGAUGUUAUCUCUGUUAUGAAAGCUGUGUGGAAAUCAGUUCAUCAUCCGUGGAAUCCUGAUAAUUUUAUCCUGGGUUGUUCAUUCCUGAGCUUCAUCUUAGUUACUAGAUUCCUGGGAAGGAGGAACAAGAAACUCUUCUGGGUGCCAGCGAUUGCGCCGCUAGUAUCGGUUAUUUUAUCAACUCUCAUUGUAUUCCUGACAAGAGCUGAUGAACAUGGAGUUAAAAUAGUGAAGCACAUUGAAAAAGGCAUAAAUCCAAGUUCAGUGCACCAGUUACAGUUCAAUGGCAAACAUGUUGGAGAAGUGGCAAAAAUUGGACUGAUUGCUGCUGUUGUUGCACUCACUGAAGCAAUUGCUGUUGGCAGAUCCUUUGCUUCAAUUAAAGGAUACCACCUAGAUGGAAAUAAGGAAAUGGUUGCCUUUGGCUUCAUGAACAUUGUAGGAUCCUUUACAUCUUGCUAUGUGGCCACUGGUUCAUUCUCACGCACUGCUGUAAACUUCAGUGCUGGAUGUGAAACUGCAGUGUCAAAUAUAGUGAUGGCCAUCACAGUGCUCAUAUCAUUAGAAUUGUUCACAAGGCUCUUGUAUUACACCCCAAUUGCAAUCCUUGCUUCAAUUAUUCUUUCAGCUCUUCCUGGCCUCAUUGACCUUAAUGAAGUUCACAAUAUUUGGAAAGUUGACAAACUAGACUUCCUUGCCUGCAUUGGAGCCUUCUUUGGUGUAUUGUUUGGAUCAGUGGAGAUCGGUCUUUCUGUCGCGGUAACAAUAUCAUUUGCGAAGAUAAUUCUGAUCUCAAUUCAACCAGGCAUAGAAAAGCUUGGAAGACUUCCUGGAACCGAUUUGUUUCGCGAUGUCAAGCAAUAUCCUAUCGCAGUCAGGACUCCUGGAAUCCUCAUAAUCCAAGUCAAAUCUGCCUUACUUUGUUUUGCAAAUGCCAAUUUUGUUAAAGAAAGGAUUAUAAGAAGGAUAACAGAAGAGAAAGAUCAUGAAGACAGCGAAGAAAAGUCACAGAGGACUAUUCAACUUGUGCUUCUUGACAUGUCAAACUUAAUAAACAUUGAUACAUCUGGAAUUGCUUCUCUAGAGGAAUUGAAUAAGAAUCUUGAAGCAAAUGGAAUGAAGUUAGCCAUUGCCAACCCCAAAUGGCAAGUGAUUCACAGGCUAAGGCUUGCCAACUUUGUGGAUAACAUUGGAGGAAAGGUCUUCUUGAGUAUUGCAGAGGCAAUGGAUUCAAAUCUUAGUGCUAAUAUGGCCACCAUUUGAAAGCUUUCUCUUGACUCUAUUUAAUAAGUGGAUUGUUAAUUUGCUGCUUAUUUGUGUUUUGUUGUUUAUUAUUUACUAUUCAUGUCACUUGCUAUUUGUGUAAAAAAACAUAGUGGAGACUGGAGGAUGUCAAAUAUUUAAAUAAA